GCUGCUGUCUUCUGGGAAGGUGUGACUUGAGCUUUUCCCAGUUGUUCCUUCCCACUAUCAGCAGGCACACAUCAUCUCUAGUCUCAGUGGUAGAAGCCUGAGUUUGCUACACUGCAAGCAUGAAGGCUUUGCUAAUCCUGGGGCUUUUCCUCCUGCCCAUGGUUGCUCAUGGGAAGAUCUACGAAAGGUGUGAGCUGGCAAGAGUAAUGAAAAGGCUUGGGCUGGAUGGAUAUCGGGGCUACAGCCUGGGACACUGGGUGUGCACAGCAAAACACGAGAGCAGCUUUAACACACGUGCCACGAACUACAAUCCCGGUGAUCGCAGCACUGACUAUGGGAUUUUACAAAUCAACAGCCACUGGUGGUGCAAUGAUGGCAAGACUCCAGGAGCCAAGAACGCAUGUCGAAUCCAGUGUCGUGCGUUACUGACAGAUGACAUUACAGCGAGUGUAAAUUGUGCAAAGAGAGUUGUUCGCGAUCCCAAUGGCAUGGGUGCAUGGGUGGCAUGGAGAAAUCACUGCAAAGGAACAGAUGUCUCCCAGUGGAUCAGAGGUUGCCAGCUGUAAAGUGUUGGGGUUUAUUUAUGCCAGCUUGGUUCCCUUGCAAAUUAGCAGGGAUUUGCAUAGAGCAAAAUGUUCCCUCCACUUGUUUCCCUUUUACAAUUAAUCAUGUUCAAAAAAACUCGAGAGAGGUUUAGUGCAAUUGACUGGUGAAAUGCAAAUAUUUUACUCCUUGCUGGUAAGUCUGUGGAUCUUUUAUCAGCUCUAUAUUAUAUAUACACAUCAAGAUAAGUCAAAUCUGUUUUUCCUGUGAAAUCCUGCUACUAUUUUGUUCUGCUAAUUAUAGUAAUACGUCAUCUUGCUUGCAAGCUUACAUUUAUUACAAUCAAUAAAAUUACUUACUUUGCACAUA